AUGUUUGAAGUGAGAGAUAAGGUGUUUUUCAUCACCGGUGCUGCAGCAGGCAUUGGUGCCGCGAUUGUGAAGGCGUUUUUGGAAGAGGGAGCAAAACAUAUUGCAGCACUAGACGUCGAUAUAAAUAAUGGCAAAGCUUUGGAGGAAGAACUGGCAGAAAAGUAUGGGAACAACAAAAUAAAGUUCUAUAAAUGUGACGUCACAUCAAGUGACUUAGAUGCAGUCUAUGAUAAAGUACUCAAUGACUUUGAAUAUAUUGAUGUCGUCAUUAACUGUGCUGGCAUUAUGAAUGACAGACCUAAUGCGUAUUUAAAAGAGAUUGAUGUUAAUGUGACUGCCUUAAUAAAAAGUUCUUUCAAAGCAUUCGACUUAAUGCGUGAAGACCAGGGUGGUAAAGGUGGGACGAUCAUAAAUAUUUCUUCGAUCGUGGGAUUGUUUCAAGCACACCUUCUCCCGGUGUAUACUGCUACAAAGAGUGCAGUGUUGCAGUUCAGCAAUUGUCUUGGAAAAGAGCCACAUUGCACUCGAUCUGGAGUCCGAGUACUCACAAUAUGUUUUGGAUGCACUGAUACAAGUUUAUUCAGCGCCUCAAAAAUGGGGGGUUUCGAUAAAGAAACUGAUGAACUACUCUUCAAGAGCCUAGGAGUUUUACCAAUGCAAACGAUACAAUCAGCAGUGGACGGGCUGGUCCAUGCUUACAAGCAUGGAGCAAGCGCCAGUACCUGGCUGAUCACUUCAGACAGGCCUGCUGAAGAUAUCACCGACAACGUUUCCAAAGGAUACGAGAUUAUGAGCCAAGGAGUCUUUAGCUAA